GUGCGGGAGGCUGUGGUAGAGGGAGGUGGCGGCAGCGGCUAGCGGACUCGAGUCACUACCGAGCCGAAAGAGACACCUCUGUGGAGCGAGGGAGUAGGAGCACCGAGCCCCGGAGGCGGCACCGGGAUCCCCGGCUCGGGAGGGGGGCGCCCAACCGGGAGGAGGGUAGGGGGCGAUGCUGGAAGCCAUGGCGGAGCCCAGUCCCGAAGAUCCACCUCCGACCCUUAAACCAGAGACUCAGCCACCAGAGAAACGUCGGAGGACAAUUGAGGAUUUCAACAAAUUUUGCAGUUUUGUUUUGGCCUAUGCAGGUUACAUCCCCCCUAGCAAGGAGGAAAGUGACUGGCCAGCCUCUGGCUCCAGCUCUCCAUUGCGAGGUGAGAGUGCGGCAGAUAGCGACGGCUGGGACUCAGCCCCCUCAGAUCUCAGAACCAUCCAGACCUUUGUUAAGAAAGCAAAGUCAUCCAAGAGAAGGGCGGCUCAAGCAGGUCCCACCCAGCCAGGACCCCCAAGGUCCACUUUCCCUCGUCUGCAGGCCCCUGACAGUGCCACUCUGCUGGAGAAGAUGAAACUCAAGGACUCCCUCUUUGAUCUAGAUGGGCCCAAAAUGGCAUCUCCACUGUCCCCCACGUCCCUGACACAUGCCUCCCGGCCCCCUGCUGCUCUCACCCCAGUGCCCCUUUCCCAGGGGGACCUCUCCCAGCCUCCUCGAAAGAAGGACCGAAAGAAUCGAAAGUUGGGGCCAGGAGGGGGGACAGGCUUUGGGGUACUUCGGAGGCCCCGCCCAGCCCCUGGGGAUGGGGAAAAGAGGUCUCGAAUCAAGAAGAGCAAGAAGCGGAAGUUGAAAAAGGCAGAGCGAGGGGAUAGACUCCCACCUCCUGGGCCUCCCCGGGCACCCCCCAGUGAUACAGACUCUGAAGAGGAGGAGGAGGAAGAGGAGGAGGAGGAGGAGGAAGAGAUGGCAGCGAUGGUAGGAGGGGAAGCCCCAGCCCCUGUGCUACCAACACCUGAGGCUCCUAGACCCCCUGCCACAGUGCACCCCGAAGGAGCCCCUCCCACUGACAGUGAAAGCAAGGAGGUGGGCAGCACUGAAACAAGCCAAGAUGGAGAUGCCAGCUCCAGUGAAGGCGAGAUGCGGGUCAUGGAUGAGGACAUCAUGGUAGAAUCAGGUGAUGAUUCAUGGGAUCUGAUCACGUGUUACUGCCGAAAGCCCUUUGCAGGCCGGCCCAUGAUUGAGUGCAGCCUGUGUGGGACGUGGAUCCACCUCUCCUGUGCUAAGAUUAAGAAGACCAAUGUCCCUGACUUCUUUUACUGCCAGAAAUGCAAGGAACUGCGGCCAGAGGCCCGGCGAUUAGGGGGGCCUCCGAAAUCUGGAGAACCUUGACACAUGCCAUCUCCAGGCUGGAACUUCAAAUGGAAACGUGACUUAGGAACUGAGCCUCAGGGUCAACAUGUUCCCUGAAGCUGGGAUGUUGUCCCACUUCGAGGCAGAAAUUCCCAGGGGAGACUGGUUUGGAAAUGAGUGGUUUUCCUACCCUACCUUUCCUUCCCACCUUGUGGACUUGAACUUGGACCCAUUGCAGUUGCGGGUGGGAGGCUCUCUGGGUCCCUAGACACUUAAACUGUCCGUGCCACUGCUCAGUUUCUGGGCCAGGGUUAGAACUGGGAUGGAGUGGGACAGUUGUCUAUAAAACUCUAGUGUAAAUAUAGCACUCCCCUCCCUCAUCUUUUCUUCUCCCCAUUUAUUCUACACCGGUUGUAUUUUUAAUUUAGGACUUCCCCUUUUGAGCGUGGCAGCUCAGAGGUGGAGUGCCAACCAGAGCUUGGCCAAGGGAGGAAGGAAAACAGAAAGGUGACGAUUCCUCACCUCUUUUGUUUUUAAUAAUUCUGGCCAGCUGUUUGUACAGACAGCCUGCGUGUUGUAAAUAAAGCAGAGUG